AUUGCCCCGGGGUCGGCCCGCCUAGACCAGGGACUUGGCUGCAGCGCUAUCGUGAUAAUAGUGAACCUUCAUUCUAAAAAAUUCAAACGAUGGAGUAUAUUAGUGCACAUAACAGACCUCAGGUGGAGUUCAGAGAUAUUUUGAAAGAUAGGCAUGAGGCAAGUGACUUAAUGUGGGUUUCUCGUGAGUUUAAUUGGACAAAAGCAUACAAAAAGGCCAAAGAAAUAAAAAAUCCUGCGUGCCUGAAGAACAAAGUUUUGGAAAGUCCCAGGAUACUAAGGUUGAUAGAAGAGGAAGCCAAAGAGAGAAAUCUCAAUAAAAAGGAUGUUUAUUUAACAGUACAAAGUAUCCUAGAUGAGAUAGCUUGCUCAAAGCAAUUACCUGUGGUUCGGUGGCUUGGGUAUGUGUUACUAAAAAUAAUGAAAAGGACAGUUUCCGCUUUGUAUGUGAAUGAAAAAAAACUGUUAAAGUUAAAAGAACAAAUGGGGAAUAAUCCAGUUUUGUUCCUACCCAGUCACAGAAGCUAUGCUGAUUUCAUCCUGAUGGCCUUCGUUAUGUUCAAUUAUAGCAUAGACAUUCCCUGCGUGGCGGCGGGAAUGGAUUUCCAUUCAAUGUGGCUCAUGGGGAAACUGUUGAGAGAUUGCAGUGCUUUCUUCAUGCGAAGGUCGUUCGCUGACGACAGGUUGUACAGAACUGUAUUUGAUGAGUACGUCAAGAAACUGGUGUCUCUAGGCGAAGCACCGGUAGAGUUUUUCAUCGAGGGAACGAGGAGCAGAUCUGCCAAGUCACUCAUGCCCAAGUUUGGUCUGUUGUCGAUGGUGAUGGAUACCGUCUACUCUGGCGAAGUCCCGGAUAUUACAAUAGUUCCUGUCAACAUCAGUUACGACCGCACUCUAGAGGAAGUUCUGUUUGCCUACGAGAUGCUAGGCAUCGCCAAACCUAAAGAGUCAACUUCUGGUUUGAUCAAAGGGAUCAACAUGUUGGAUGAGAGGUACGGCAGUGUGUAUGUAGACUUCUGUGAGCCAAUCUCAGCACACCAGUACAUCUGGGAAAUGUCGGGUGGUAAUGUUGACUACACCAGCAGAGCUCUGGAACGAGAACAGCAGCAAAUCUUGCAUCUCGGCCACUGCAUUGUCGACAGUCAGCAGAAGCAUGCAGUUCUCACCUGUUUCAACAUCCUUGCGCUGGUACUGAGUAACCACAUGGCUGCCUCGGACAGUCCUCUACUUCUCAGUAAAGCUGCCAAGGAUGUGGCCUGGCUCUCCUCUGUGCUCUCUGUGCUAGGAGCAUACGUUAAGGAAGGAAACAAUCUGGAGUCAGUGAAGGAGGCUACAUUAGUCCACAAGUCUCUAGUCAAACUAAGCGGAGAUACCAUUCAACUAGUCAGUGUUCAUUCACCUCAUUAUAAGAUAGAUCCUAACCGCAUUAAAGGGCACACUUUGGAAAACGCAACAAUGGGUGUGGCAGUGCCUCUACUGAUGCUGCAGUUAUAUGUCAACCCCUGCAUGCACUACAUCGUCAGUCCGGCAAUUAUCACGGUUGUCAUGCAGCACCUGGGGGACUCGGGACACAUCACUAGAGGUGAACUGUUCAAAAGGUACCAGUUCCUGAGAUCACUUUUAGCACACGAAUUUGUCCUAUAUAAAGAAUGGGAAGUUAAGGUUAGUAUAGCUGUCCACCAAAAUAUAUUUCUCUUGUGUUUUUUGCAUCGGAAUUCCUUGUCAGUAUUGGUCCU